CACCAGAAUCAUCGCCGAAGAGAUGACGAAUGUUAACAGGAUUCGGGUGGUCGUCCUCGGAGGCCCGCGAGUUGGAAAAUCUGCUGUUGUCGUGCGAUAUUUAACAAGGCGAUACAUCGGUGAAUACAGUUCAACGAGUGAUUUCCUCUAUCGUCACAGCGUUACCAUUGACAACGUCACAACAGAGGUGGAGAUACUGGAUACCUCCAGGUGCGAGGAAAAUGGCUGUUUGUAUUCACAUAUACGGUGGGGCGAGGCUUUCGUCAUCGUCUACAGUGUGACCUGCAAAAGGAGCUUUCAGGAGGCACGUGGACUUCUCAAACAACUGGCUGAUCUACGUUUGCCAUCUUACUUCACUGCCCUUCUCCUCGGGAAUAAACGAGACCUCGAUCAUGCACGAGAGGUGUGCGUAGAUGAGGGUCAACAGCUGUCAUUGGCUCACGGCUGUCAAUUUUACGAAGUGAGUGCAGCAGAGAGUCCAGCGGGUGCAGCCCUAGCCUUUCAAGCCCUUCUCCGAGAGGCGCGAUCAGUUCAACUUCUACGUGCCCUACCAAUAAGACGAAAACUCGGUGUUCACUCGGUAUCGAGGGUCCUAGGUACAAUAUUUGGUAAAAAUACGACGAAAGACAGGAAGAAGAGGCCAUCAUUGAGUAUAUGACGCCUCCUGUGCGCCCUCCUGCUGGGAGGACGUGACCAACCCGAAAAACGCACUGACGUUAUUGUUCUGAGGAGCAAUGUCUACGCUAAUCGUUGAUAAAGCCGUCAAGAAUUAUCACAGGGUUUUUUUUUUUGUCACGCCCCAGCCUCUCGUAAUCAGAGGUCGCAGGCUCUACCCGUGGAGUAUCGACUUCGCGGAGGAAAUUGUCAAAUCGAGACGGAGGUCGCACAAGAGUCAGUCGAAAGUCGAGAUGAAGACUAUUGGGACCUGAAUUGCGAUGAGAUGAUCGGUUUAAAUGCAAUGAGGUGUGCAAUCGAUGGUGAAUCACUCGUGUUUCUUACAGCAGUGAAAUCUUUUGUGAAAUUAAAAAUCUAAUUGGAUCAGCAGUCGAGUGCCAAUUUAAUCGGUCGAAAUUCAACUGAUCUUCGAAGCUAAUUAAAACCACUGGACUAUUGAUAUCAAUUCCAUUACUUGUUGUUUAGCCUAAAGAAAUUAUUAAUGUCAAUGAUUUUGUGCCGAUAAUGUGAUACCUCUUCAACAUCCUCAUACCUCAGAAUAAAAAUUCCACUCUCAUUCCAAUUAAUCAGAAAAAUCAUAUAGCAUUUUUUUUUAAACUCGUUACAAACUGUCAUGUAGCUUUUUACCCAUUGGAAUUAAUGUUUUGAAACUCGCCCAUCCACUGCCAUUCAUUUUACUUAAUUUUUCCUGCCCAAUGUAAAAACAAAAAAAAAAUGUCCAACGUGUCCGGAUGCCCGGAGAAAACGGUACGAGGAGCCAUCGUGAAUUCACUUUCCAAAAUUUUAUAUACGCAACAGUGGGAGAAAAAAAAAA